CUUCAUAUUCGUUUCGUUGGGACGUUUUUCGUUUUUGUUUACCACGCUCGCAACGAACAACCAACCAAACAAACGAAAGCGCGGUUCCUGCCUGUUCCUAAUUCCAAGCAAUCAAUACCUCUGGUUCUAAGAUGGACAACAAAUUGACCCGCUAUGAGAAGAUUGCCUUCUUGGGUGAAGGUCAGUUCGCCACAGUCUAUAAAGCUCGCGAUGUGCUGACAGAACAAAUUGUGGCUGUGAAGAAGAUCAAAAUCGGAAGCAGAGAAGAAGCCCAGGAUGGCAUAAAUCGCACAGCCUUGAGAGAAAUCAAGUUACUGCACGAGUUACAACAUGAAAAUUGCAUUGGGUUGCUGGAUGUUUUUGGUCACAAAUCAAACGUGUCAUUGGUAUUUGACUUCAUGGACACAGACUUGGAAAUCAUCAUCAAAGAUCCCAAAAUUAUUCUAACCCAAGCUGACAUAAAAGCAUAUAUGGUGAUGACACUUAAGGGCCUGGAAUAUCUGCACAUGAAUUGGAUUUUACAUCGAGAUUUAAAACCAAAUAACUUGUUGGUGAACUCUGAGGGCAUUUUGAAAAUUGGUGAUUUUGGUUUGGCGAAAUUUUUCGGUUCCCCUUCACGAAUUUACACACAUCAGGUUGUGACACGUUGGUAUCGUGCCCCUGAACUGCUGUUUGGUGCUCGGCAAUAUGGUACCGGCAUUGAUAUUUGGGCGGUGGGUUGUAUUCUGGCUGAACUACUGCUGAGAGUACCAUUUUUGGCUGGUGACUCGGAUCUUAAUCAAUUGACCAAAAUAUUCCAGGCUUUGGGUACACCCUCUGAAGAAACAUGGCCAAAUAUAACAAAAUUACCCGAUUAUAUGCAAUUUGUUCAUUUUCCUGGUGCACCACUGUCAGAAUAUUUCACAGCUGCCCCCGAUGAUCUAAUACACUUGGCGGAAAAGUUGUUGGCUUUGGAUCCGCAGAAGCGUUGUAACUGUACGGAGGCACUGGAAAUGCCAUAUUUUAGAAAUAAACCGGCACCCACACUGGGUCAUAAACUACCCUUACCAAGUUCGAAUAAACAGAAUGCCGAUGAAAAACCAAAUUUGAAAAGAAAAAUUAUGGAUGCCAUGGAGGGUGUUGGUAAUCCCAAGAAACUUAUAUUCUAAUGAGUUAAUGUAUUCGAAUCAGUGUUGAUUCUUUAUUGCACUUACAGUUAAAUAAUUUCUUUAAGAAUGUUGUCAUUCCUCCAACGAAUUAAAAAUAUCGUUUUUGUUUUUU